AUGGAGCACGCAACCAAAUUCCUCCUGGGCCUGUUGCUGUUGCUGCUGCAAGGUAAGUUUCAAAGCAAAUUCCUUUUGAAAGAUAAUAGUUUUGCUCAGGUGGCCUGCUAGGAAAAAUUCCGUAUAGGCCAGGGUUGUUGGGUUUUUUGCAGAAGAGCCAGCCCUAUCUGCUUGUAUUAGGAAUAUUUUGGAGGAAGCACAGCAGGCAGAAAUCCCACAGGACAAACCUCACCACUGCAUCUGUAUCCUUGGGGAUGCUGCACCGGUUUAAUUUCUGCACACACUACGGACAGAAGAAUCAAUCCUGUAUCACUGAGGUGAAAACCGUGUGGGAUUUACAAAUACUGUUGCUUUUGUUCUGGCUUAGCUGCUAUGCCAUUAAACACAGCCCGAAAUGCAAAAAUCAAGCAGAUGCAGCCUUUCCUGUUGUAGCGUUGAGUGGUAAGAAAAGGCUUCCUUUGUUGGGUCUUCUCUGUGUUAGGUUGCUGUUAAAAGAAAAGAAGCAGGAUCAGUAAAAAAUAAAAUAAUGCAGCGACCUUAGAACACCUGGGGAAGCAAAGUGGUGUAGAUAAGAGAACUGCCUGCAAAGGUGUCUCAUUUUUUUCUGUCUUGGGCUCAGGGGAAAAGCAUCUCUGUCUUUCUCUUUCUUUCUUCGCCCCCUCUGCCUCAACUCCCCAUCUGUAAAAACAAACCAUCUAUAAAGUAUGUUGUAUGUUAGAGGUUUGCCAAAUUUUACAUAUUGUUUAAAAUCAGACAAAGCAUGGCAAGUCAAAAGAGGAGGGAGUCAAAAGGCAGGCUGUUACAAAUGUUAGACAAUUUGUAUUUGUAGAUUAAUCAACUAAUAGUUCCGUUGAUUAACUGUGGGAGCAGCACUGAUUAUCACUGGUAAAACAUUUAGGGCAUUGUUGUUGAUGGCGUUUCCCUCUAUCAGUGAGUUUCUUAGCUCACAUUUAAACCUUACAAUAACUGGGCAACUUUUUAUACUCUAUAAUGGGCACACAGAUCAGGGGUGGAACAGAAGCUAAUGAUUGAUAUAGAGCAGACUCUCAUAAUACUACAAAUGGUGAGGCUUGAGUGAGUUAGGGAAGAGUUUGCUAAAGAAAGUUCAGGGGGAAAAAAGAUUUGUCAGUGUAGAAGGAUGCAAAGUUUUGACUUAAACUGAGUUUCUGUUAAUGCCAGUGAAGUAUUCUGUAUAACCUAAAAGCUUACUUACAUAUGGUAGCUACAGUCUGCUCAAAACUGGUCUGCUAAAAGAUUUUUUAGCAUCUGUCUUUUCCAUUCCUUUAUUCUUCUGGGAGAUGGAAAUAGUUACUGGCCCAAGAUCCCUUAAUGGGAUGGAUAGUUGACUCGGGAUUUGAAAUCCAGGGACUCUUCAGUCUUACAUAACACGCUUUUAUACCAAAAUCCCUUUAGCCUUUCCCUCUCUUUCUGCUGCAAAGUGUGGUGGUGCUGCUGUUUUCCUUUUUUUUAAAAUGAGGUUUUGCAAAUACAUCCAAAGCAAAGAGACUUUGCCUAGCGAGAGCCUAGUGGAAAAUUACUAGGGAUGAGGGAGAAAUUCGAUUCCGUUUGCAUUUAAUGAUGAAUUUGCUUAAUUAGCACCUUCCAAAACAAUACACACAAACAAAACACAGCCAUUCUACAAAAUUCAUCCUUCUCAGGAUCUUGCAAUGUAGUUCUCCAGCCAAUUUAUGUGUGCAAAAACGCAUAUACUAGGGUUAAGUGUACAUUAAGAGGCAUAUCAGUACAAACCACAUACAGAAAUGCAUUAUAUGAGGGGAACUUGCUUUGCAAAAAUGUCUGUAUCAGGGAAAAUUGCAUUCAGAAAUGUGUGUAUUAGGAGAAAUUUGCACAGGAAAUGCUGAUGGAUUAUCAUCAUCAUCAUCACCACUGAUUUAUUAACCGCCUUCUAAACCACCAUCUUAAGGUGAUUUACGUAUAAUUUAAAACAUUCUAAAAGAAAAGCAACAAAUACAUUGAAAAACAAGACUGAAAACCCAAACAAAUGGACACUUGUAGCAAUGAUCCAUUUAUCCAGCAGGAACAGCCUGUCGGAACAAAAACGUCUUCAGUUGUUUCCGGAAAGCGCAGAUUUCAUUUUCAUGAGGAUUCUUCCUUUUCUUAAAUUGCAAACUGAUGUGGAAAUUGUAGAGAACUGAAGACUGGGAAAAUGAGAAACGGAGAACCCAAAACUUGCAUAUUUACCAAUCCCUAUAUAUUACUGAGCUGUGUGGAACAGUUGCUGGCAUCUUCCAUUCCCGGGCGCCUGUCAGUUUUUUGCAACUCCUGAAGCUAAUACAGUGGUACCUCGGGUUAAGAACUUAAUUCGUUCUGGAGGUCCGUUCUUAACCUGAAACUGUUCUUAACCUGAAGCACCACUUUAGCUAAUGGGGCCUCCUGCUGCCGCCGCACCGCUGGAGCACAAUUUCUGUUCUCAUCCUGAAGCAAAGUUCUUAACCUGAAGCACCAUUUCUGGGUUAGUGGAGUCUGUAACCUGAAGCGUAUGUAACCUGAAGCGUAUGUAACCUGAGGUACCACUGUAUGAAGUUGCUAGAACUGUUACGUUUGACAAAAGUUGAUUGUUUUGUUUUCAGUUCCGCCUUUUGAUCCAGAACAACCUCCAGGACAGCUUAUACUGAAAAUAAAUCAGAUUUUUCUAGGAAGACCCCAAAAGCAGAGUGUUUAAGGCAACCACUCUCCUUCCAGCAAGUAGAGAGCCACUGAAAGGUGCAGAGCUGAAUGGGUGGACCAGCAUCCUCUGUACAGCUCAGUGUGCACUGGGCAUGGGCCUGAUCCAGUCUGGAUUCUCUGUAUGAUCCUGCCAGCAGAGAGAGAAGGCUCUUGCGGAUGACCAAUUCACUGAGCACCCAAUCCAAUUUGCUAUCACAAAACUGAUGUGGAGGUUAGACUAUCAGCUCCUGCAGAUAACCUGCACUGUCUCAGCCUCUCCUGCAUGGAACAUGUCCCCUUCAACAUGCCCACAUUUCACUGGGUGCCAGGAAUGAACACACACAUCUGUUCUGGGGACAGUGCAAAGAGUAAGGAAACAGACUCAUGCACUUUGUGGACUUCAAAAAGAGGUCUUCUUCAAAUUGAGGAGUGCCCUAGACAGCUCUUCCUUUAGAGGACUCUCCUCUGUACAGGGGGGCAAGUGGCCAUCCCUGGUUCAGCGAACCCUGCAUGCAAGAUGACCUAGUUUCAGUCUUCUGACAGGUCCUACCUGGAACUUGGGUAGCAAAGCUAGGAGGGCUUGAAGCUCAGGAAACAUGCUAUCAGAGUUGACAGGAGCUUGCUGGGUCUGGGAGGGUGAGGCUCCUUCCCUCCUUUGCCUAAGGCAGCCAAGUGCCUAAGGAAGCCCUCGGGCUGGGAUGAAUGAGCCCAGGUGCAACAGCAUCUGGAACGGUACAGGGGGGCCGCUUCCUUCCCUGCAUGCCUCUUUCUUGAAACAUCUGAAUAUUCUGGUGAUUGCCAGGCUGUCAUGAAGAAUUCAGGUGCACAGCGAAAAUUCAGAUUUCAGCAGUUAAAGUGGAUUGAAGACCUAUUUUGCCCAAGCACAACCUACCCACUUUAAAAGGAAGACUUUUGGGGAAGAAGAAGAAGAAGAGUUUGGAUUUGAUAUCCCGCCUUUCACUCCCUUUAAGGAGUCUCAAAGCGUGUAACAUUCUCCUUUCCCUUCCUCCCCCACAACAAACACCCUGUGAGGUGAGCGGGGCUGAGAGACUUCAAAGAAGUGUGACUGGCCCAAGGUCACCCAGCAGCUGCAUGUGGAGGAGUGGAGACUCGAACCCGGUUCCCCAGAUUACGAGACUACCGCUCUUAACCACUACACCACACUGGCACUUUGGGGGUUGGGAAAGCGAUGGAGAAAUACACUGAAAAGUUGGGGGGCAGGUGACAAACGAUUAACCCCCACAAACACACACAAUUGAUCACCUGCCCUGGGUUCUGCCUGGAUAGAAGCCCAAACGGACAUCAAAAUGCCAUACCACAUACAGUGGUACCUCGGGUUAAGUACUUAAUUCAUUCCGGAGGUCCGUUCUUAACCUGAAACUGUUCUUAACCCGAAGCACCACUUUAGCUAAUGGGGCCUCCUGCUGCCGCUGCGCUGCCGGAGCCCGAUUUCUGUUCUCAUCCUGAAGCAAAGUUCGUAACCCAAGGUAAUAUUUCUGGGUUAGCAGAGUCUGUAACCUGAAGCGUAUGUAACCUGAAGCGUAUGUAACCCGAGGUACCACUGUAUUGGUGAGUGGUUUUCUUUCAGGAUGGAAUGAGUAGGUGUGUCUUCAAGCUGUCAGAUAUAGCUUGCUCAGAGGCUCAGCGAGGGCAGCAGGAUGGGCAGAAGCGGGAACUGUUGCAGCUUCUCCCUUUCCCUGUGCUUGUAGCCUAACGCAGUGAAGCAGAUUCAGUUGCUGAAAACUGCAGGCAGCUAGUUAUAGCACGGCAAGCAUGUCACAGCCCUGCAGGAGAUCUAGGACUUGGGUGGUCUUUUAUCGUGCUAGUAGCUAAGCCUGGCACAAUAAAACAGCCCAGAAGCAGGUUUAAAUGCUAUUCAUGGCUCAAGAAUUGUGCUGUGCUGAGAGCCAGUGUGGUGUAGUGGUUAAGAGCGGUAGUCUCGUAAUCUGGGGAACCGGGUUCGCGUCUCCGCUCCUCCACAUGCAGCUGCUGGGUGACCUUGGGCCAGUCACACUUCUUUGAAGUCUCUCAGCCCCACUCACCUCACAGAGUGUUUGUUGUGGGGGAGGAAAGGAAAGGAGAAUGUUAGCCGCUUUGAGACUCCUUAAAGGGACUGAAAGGCGGGAUAUCAAAUCCAAACUCUUCUUCUUCUUCUGUUCCAAUGAAAAGGCAUAUCUGGUGAGUUUCCUGCUUUUUGGAAGCAUGGCCAAUUUUUUAAUAUAUAAUCAUUUGUAAGAUAUUGGAUCUAUGGGCUCUGUGAGGGAGUUGGCAUUUGUUGCUUUAACCUGAAAAAUAGAAACAGCAUGUUUGUUUUCACACACAUGCGGUGUGGAAGGGCCUUGCCGCUUCCUGUAUCUAAAAAGGCAGGCACCAUGUCAUGACUUUGAAGGAGUGAUGAUGAGACUCAGUUCACAUCCAUACCAUCCAUUUGAAGUCGUCUUAUACCCAGAGACGGCCCAGCCAUUAGGCAGGGUGAGGUCACUGCCUCAGGCGGCAGAAGCCCCCCAGGCAGCACCUCUGCAUGUGCCCCGCCUCCUCCUGCAGUGGUAAAGCAGCAGCGCCAUUGGCGCCAAUUUCAGCAGCAGCAGUGGCAGGAGCAGGUGGGUGGUAGUGGCAGGGUGGCACUUCCUGUUUCAUCUCAAGCCGCGAAACGGGCCACGCGGCCCCUGCUUAUAUCACAAGUGUGGGGAACCUUUGGCCCACCAGAGGUUGCUGAACUAUGACUCCCAUCAUCCCUCCGGCCAUCGGCCAUCGGCCAUGCUUGCUGAGGCUGAUGGGAGUUGUAGUUCAGCAGCAUCUGGCCGGCCAACAACUUCCCUGUUAUACCACGUUAACAGUCGCGGCUUUCCCUUCCCCCAAAAGAAUCCUGGAAACUAUAGUUCGCAAAAGGUGAUGACCACACAGAGCUACAGUUCGCAGCACAUUCAACACCCCUUCCAGGAGUAGGGCAAAGUGAAAAAGUACAGUGGUACCUCGGGUUACAGACGCUUCAGGUUACAGACGCUUCAGGUUACAGACUCCACUAACCCAGAAAUAGUACCUCGGGUUAAGAACUUUGCUUCAGGAUGAGAACAGAAAUCAUGCUCCCGCGGCGCAGCAGCAGCAGGAGGCCCCAUUAGCUAAAGUGGUGUUUCAGGUUAAGAACGGACCUCCAGAAAGAAUUAAGUAUGUAAGCAGAGGUACCACUGUAUGCUGAGAUCUACAGAUGAGGGGUGAUGUACAAAUUUAAUUUAAUUAAUUAAUUAAUUAAAAAUCAAAGAAUGAAGAGGGGAGCAAGUUAGUUUCUCACACAAAAAUGGGAAGAAAGUUACUUUCUCUCUUUUUAAUGAAAGCUGGGAAUCUGAGGAUUAUAGUUCCUCAGAGGGAAGGAAACAGCUGCCUCUCCCCAUUGAUGCCUGUGCUGUCUGCUCAGCUAUCCACUCAACACCUGAAACAAACAGCACAUAAGAUUUUGCCUUUACUUGUAAAUCUGGCAAUGCCAAACUACAUAAUGCGCACUGUAUUAACAUUAGCUUUUUGCGCAGGAUAAAACGUACGGAAAAACUGACCUCUUUUUUCCAGGCAUUUGGUGGACUGGAAGGAUGUUUGUUGGUUAUGAUGAUUUUGUUGCAGCUUAAGCUUCUUCGUGCUAUAGAUUUCUUUUAAAAAAAGAAAAAGGACAGUUGCAUUUUUUUUAUUAUAACAGAUUAUUUUUAUUUACGCUCUUAAAAUGUUUUUAUAAGUCCCUUGGAGACCUUUUGUGCGUGUGGCAAGUGACUAGUAAGUUCGGAUAGUAAAUAAUACGACGCUAGCGCCCAUUCUGCAAGCAGUGUGAGCGACUGUGAUUCAAGAAGAUCCGUGCGUGCAAACUGGGAAUGUGACAGGGAUAAAUUGUGUGUGCAAAAUGAAGUGCAAAUAUGCAAGGUAACAAAUUAGGCAAUUCCAAAGUUGAGCUUGUGGAAGGGAUGAGGCCAAAGAGGAAGGGAUGAGGCCAUCUUUCCCCCCACUAAAAGCUACCCCCUGGUACCCCCUCUGGCUGCUUUUACCCAGUGGUGGCUGGCACCCACUGGGAGUGGUGGGGCAGAAUGUAGGGCACCACAAUAGUUGGCAGAGCCAACUGCUACCAGCUAUGCCCCUUCUUCCUCCCUGUUCAGUUCUGCAAGGGCAGCUAAGGAAGAGGAAGUUGACAGGCAGGGCCAACCGUUUAUAAGAAAGAAAGCAGGAAGGUCAAAGCUGGUGGGGCACUGCCCCGUCUGCCCAGAUGGAUCACUGCUUUUAGCCCCUCAGGAGUGGGGGGUGGGAUAUGGGUAACAGCAUCCCAGCAUGUCCAGUGUGGUGCCCAUGGGCAACACAAAGCCCUCAAGACCCCCACAUUGGCACCUUCGAACAUCCCUUGAUGCCCCCCCCCCCAUUAUAUAAUUAAGAAUUAGUUUGGGGGCUCUUUUGCUGUGGGAGCGACUUGUCUGUUUCUUGGGGGAGAGCACUGCCUGCUUUUUUUGUCUUGUAUUUUAUUUGUCUCGCAGAGGUGUGUGUGUGUGCGUUUGCUUGUGUUUUUUGGGGGGUGGAGAGUAGGGAGGUCCGAGCGUCACCAGAAAAACUGUGUUGUAGCAAGUUCCUUAAGGAAGGAAGGCCUUGAAAACCCUCCAUGUGUGAUUAUUCCCAUCUGCAUUCCAUCCUCAUUGCUUCUGGGCACCAGUUCCAGCGAAAACCAAGGCUGCAAUCUGACCUCCUCCGUGGAGCAGUAAUUUGGGAUGGGAACAUAUCUGCUGCCGGCACUGUUAAAAAAAAACAACACAACCAACCCCCAAAACGCCUGGACUUUCCAAGGGCAGAGAGGGGAGUAAGAGCUCUUUGCUUAUACAGUUGGCUUUUCCUUUUCCAAAAUGUCCGCUGUGGGAGGAGAUUCACCCGUGAGGAAAACACUGGGAAACGUGGAAGGCCAGGCCUUAGCGCAGCAAUUCCCAAAACAAUGUGCAGCAAGAGGGAGCUGCUAAUGUGCCACAAGAAAGAAAUGAAAUAGGAAUGUAGGACUGUAGAAAGCUGCCUUAUGCAGCGUCAGACCACUGGUCCAUCUAGCUCAGUAUUUUCUACACUGGCUGGCAGCUAUUCUCCAGGGUUUCAGACAGACCUGCCUUGUGCCCUGGAAAGGAGUGUGACAAAGCUGCCUUAUGCAGAGUCAGACCAAUAGUCCACUUGGCUCAGUAUUGUCUACACUGACUGGCAGCAGCUUUCCAGGGUUUCAGGCAGGGAGCCUCUCCCAGCCCUACCUGGAGAUGCCUGGGAUUGAAACUGGGACCCUCUGCAUGCAAAGCAGAUGCUCUACCGCUGAGCUAUGGGCCUACCUCUGUUAAUAUUACUUGAACAGCAAAUAGACCUGCAAAAAAACUGUUGCAACGAGGUAGCAGCUAGUCUCUUUAUUGAUCAUGGGUGCGGAACAUGUAGCCCUCCUGAUGUCGUUGGACUCCCAACCCUUGUCAUCUGCAAAUGGCAUGGCCAAUGCCCAAGGGUGAUGGGAGCAAUGUCUGGAAGACGGCCACAGUUUCUACAACUUGCCUUUCCAUGAAAAAAAACAUCCAAGGACUCUUAACAUAAUCCGUAACAACAGAUAAUGUCAUUCGCAAGCAAUGGAUGGCAGUAAGUUAAAAACAUGUUAGAUACCAAUUAGUACGCAAAAGCCAGUGUGGUGUAGCGGUUAAGAGCAGUAGAUUCGUAAUCUGGUGAACUGGGUUCGCGUCUCCGCUCCUCCACAUGCAGCUGCUGGGUGACCUUGGGCUAGUCACACUUCUUUGAAGUCUCUCAGCCCCACUCACCUCACAGAGUGUUUGUUGUGGGGGAGGAAGGGAAAGGAGAAUGUUAGCCGCUUUGAGACUCCUUUGGGUAGUGAUAAAGCGGGAUAUCCAAUCCAAACUCUUCUUCUUCAAAUCCAAAAUGGCAGGGCGAAACAGAAACCAAGCUGGCUGGCUCUCUGGGGUUGGCGUCUUGACAGAAGGUUAUCAGCAAGCGGGUUAGUGUUACAGGAUUCCCAUGUCCUGUUGGAGGCCUGGUAGUUUUGGGGAUGACAUGUCUGACGGCUACAGAGUUGGUGCAUCCGCUUGGUGGGGAUCUGUGUCCCUGAAUCCUUUUGAGGCUGCAUCCUGGCUUGCCAAGUCAAAUCCCUGAGAGGAAACACAACUAAUCAAUGCAGAUCCACCUAUUGUGUCACUAAUAUUUUCUUUUUCUUUCUCCUUUCAGAGUCUGUUGUCCAUCCCUAUUCAGGUAAAUACAGAUAUUUCAUAUGAACUUCAGCUGCUUUGUAUGAAUUAUGUUAAUGGUGUAAUAAUGCAUUUAUGUUUUUAAACUUCUUGUAAGUCACUUGGCAACCUUUUGGUAACAAGCAACCAAGUAAUCUAAAUAACAGUAAUACUAAUAAUUACUGCAAUCAAACCAUGUUGAAUGCCACAAAAACCUUAUUAAUUUGUGGGCCUGGUGGUUAUGGGGUUGGCGUGGAUUGGGGGUGGGGGUGGGAAUCUGUCUCCUUGACCUUAAAAAUCCUUAUAAAUUGUUAUAGUGGUUAUUUAUUUUACAUUUAUAACCUGCAUUUUCCUAUAAGGAGCCAAAGGUGGCAUCUCCCUCUUUCCCCAUUUUAGCCUUCAGCAACAACAACAACAUCCUUGUGGGGGAAGUUAGGCUGAGAGAGUAUGCCUAGUUCAAAAUCACUCAGUUAGCUUCAUGGCCAAGUGGGGAUUUGUACCCUGGUCUCCCAGGUCCUGGGGGCGCGGGUGGCUCUGUGGGUUAAACCACAGAGCCUAGGACUUGCCAAUCAGAAGGUCGGUGGUUCGAAUCCCUGCGAUGGGGUGAGCUCCCGUUUCUCGGUCCCUGCUCCUGCCAACCUAGCAGUUCGAAAGCACGUCAAAGUGCAAGUAGAUAAAUAGGUACCGCUCUGACAGGAAGGUAAACGGCGUUUCCGUGUGCUGCUCUGGUUCGCCAGAAGCGGCUUAGUCAUGCUGGCCACAUGACCCGGAAGCUGUACGCUGGCUCCCUCGGCCUGUAAAGUGAGAUGAGCGCCGCAACCCCAGAGUCGGUCACGACUGGACCUAAUGGUCAGGGGUCCCUUUACCUUUACCUCCCAGGUCCUGAUCCAGCACUUCUAACCACUACAGCACACUGGCUCUCAGAGCUGGACUGACACCCCAUGUACACUUACCUGGGAGAAAGCCCCAUUGAAUCAAUUGGGACUUCUCAGAAAUAAGGCAUGUAUGGGAUUGAGUUGCUACAGUAUGAGAGUUGUAUCAGCUGUAAAGAGAUAUGAUCUGCACUAGGCUAGAGCUACCAGUGGUUAGGCAGAUUAGCCAUCACAGCUAUUGUUGUAGCUGCACUGUUGGAGGCAGUAAGCUUCUGUGUACAACCAAUAGCCAGGAAUCACAUAUGGGGAGAGCAGCUCCUGCUUUUGGGCUUCCUCUCGGGGCAUCUGAUUGGCCACUGUGAGAACAGGAUGCUGGACUAGGUGGGCCUUUGGCCUGAUCCAGUGGGGCUCUUCUUAGGUUGGCCUCCGUGCGGUUGUGGGUUCAAGUCCUGGUGGGCAGAGAAAGACAAGCUUUCGAUUGUGGGUGCAUCUCCCCACGUGGCUUCUUCUUCUUCCCCCCUCUCUCUCCCAUAUGACAGCCCCAGUGGAUGCUUCCAAUCUCGAGAGCGUAGUAGUGUCUGUGCAGAACAUCACUGCCAAGGCGGGCACUCGAACGGUCCUCUCCUGUAAGAGCUACAGGAUGGUGUGGACCCAGGACCGCCUGAACGACCGCCAGCGUGUGGUCCACUGGGAUCUGUACAGGAACCAGUAUGGAGACUACAAUGCUGAGCGACUGUGCGACAUGUAUUCGGCCGGGGAUCAGCGAGUCUACAGCGGAUACAACCAAGGGCGGAUUUUCAUGCCAGAAAAUGCAUUUGUGGAUGGCAACUUCUCACUGGUAGUCAAAGGUACCAGAACCCAAGAUAGUUACACACACACACACACACACACACACACACACACACACUUUGCCUGGGUGUGAAAUGAGCAGACAGGAAGAGCCAUAGCUCAGUAGCAGAACAUCUGCUUUGCAUGCAGAAGGUAUCGGGUUCCACUCUUGGCAUCUCUCAGUAGGGCUGCCAGCCAGUGCUGGCAAUGCUGACCUAAUUUGAUGGACCCAAUGGUCUGACUCAGUUAUGAGGCAGCUUCCUAUGUUCCAAAUCUAUCCUUCUUUUUCUUUUACAGCACCCCACCCCCAAAAAACCCAGAAGUUAACAAAGAGAAUAAAUAUUUUAAAAAUAAACAAAAGCAGCAUUUUUAAAAACCCAAGAGAAGUAAACACUGGACCAGUAGAAAUCAUAAAGCAGUAUUAAUUUUCUUUUUUGUUUUCGUUUGCCAGUUUGGGCCAAAGCAGGGGUGUAAAUAUAACGCAUUAAUGAGUAGCCCAUCAUGUAAAGAUCUGAUUAGUUAGUACUGGCAACAGGGCCUAAAGCAGCCCAGUAGGAGCUGAGCAUGCUCUGUGGCCACAGAAUGCUGCAAUUCUGUUCUGGGGGAGCGCAUAGCUGUGUACAUUGGAGACUGGUCCAGUCCCAGUCUACCCUGACAGCCCCACCUUCCUUCCUCACAUCCCUUCAAGGGGUGGUUCUGCUUGUCAUUGGCUCUAGCUCCACCUACUGUUGGUCUCCUUGUCUGCAGCUCCACCAGUCCCCAUGAGCACCAGCCAUCAGUGUGUGUGUUUUGUCUGAGUGUGAGGGGAAACCAGGGGGGAACAGAAUGGAGUAUCCCAGAACUGGGGUCUUUAGCAUCCUGAGCGAGCUUGAAGUUUGGCUUGCUAAAUACCAGCUCUCACCACACGAGGGCCCCUUCCAUCCUAUGAUUCUACUCCAGGUGCAGUGGAAAUGAUCACCUUGUGGUGAAUUUUCCCUGUUAGAAAGUGACAUGAUGAAGCUCAGGGAAAUAGCUCCUUCCCCUGCCCUUCAUCAUCUACCACUGAUCCUUAAACAGGAGAUACUGAUUGUUGGUUUAUUUCAUUAGGCUGUAGAGAACUGUAGCGCAGUGCCCGAGGGGUAAGCUACAGUUCUCGGGAUGCUUUGGGGGAAGGGAUGUGACCAACUUUGGGAGGUGGUGGGCUCACCUUAGCUGGAUAUAUCUUACUAGAGGUUGGGCAGGUAUGUGUCAAGAAUGCUGCAGCUGCAAUAGUUCUGCACUGAGCAGAGGGUUGAUCUAGGUGACCGUCAGGGUCCCUUCCUUCUCUAACUAAGUUUGGCUCAUAGUGGACCUGUGCAAAUUAAGGAACUGAAGUUAGUCUUGCCCAUUAACUUGGAUGGGUCAACUCUGAGCAAGACUAGCAUUGGCUGCAACCCCAUGGUUUUCUUACCUGGAUGCCAAAGUUCUCUCCAUAGCUGCCAACUUUCAGAUUUGAAAAUAAGGGAUCAGCAGCCUCGAAAAUAAGGGAUCAGCAGCCUCACCUGUCCCGGGGACAGUCUAUGGGAUAUCUAACAAUCCGGGAUAGCAGCGGGAAGCAGCGGGAAAUGGCGCUGGAAUAAGGGAAUUUCCCCCCAAAAAAGGGAAGGUUGACAGCUAUGUUUCUCUCUCUCCCUCUCUCUCCUUACUGCAUUUCAAUCAAGACAUCUCCAGGAGCGACCAAGGCAUCUACUCUUGUAACCUCCACCACCAUUACUGUCACCUGUACGAAAUUGUGAAGAUACAACUGGAUGUAACCGAAGAAGGUAAAUGUUGUUGUUGUAAAAGAUGUGCAGCAAGAUGAAAGCGGGAGGGGGUGUGUGUGUGUGUUUGUGCCUAGUGUUUUUGCUCCCCAUCGUGUUCCUCUUUUGUAAACUCGCACAAGUCUUGUUUGAGGCAGCCACAUGUACAGAGCAAAUGGAUGGCCAGGGAGCUGUAAUUAAGAUGUUUGUGGGCAUCGGAGCAUUUCCUGUCACAAGGCUGCAUCAAAAGGCUUAGAGGAGCAUCAGCUGUACCGUGCUGAAAAUGAGGCCUAGGAUAAUUCCAGGCUUCUCCCUCUCUGUGCGGACUAGCAAACCCUUUGAAACCAGGAGGAUUGCUUUCCCCUAUCUGGCGUCUUCCAAUUUGUGUCAGACUAUGACUCCCAGCAGGUACGCGGGUGGCGCUGUGGGUUAAACCACAGAGCCUAGGACUUGCCGCUCAGAAGGUCGGCGGUUCGAAUCCCCACGACGGGAUGAGCUCCCUGCUCCUGCCAACCUAACAGUUCGAAAGCACGUCAAAGUGCAAGUAGAUAAAUAGGUACCGCUCCAGCGGGAAGGUAAACGGCUUUUCCGUGUGCUGCUCUGGUUCUCCAGAAGUGGCUUAGUCAUGCUGGCCACAUGACCUGGAAGCUGUACGCCGGCUCCCUUGGCCAAUAAAGCGAGAUGAGCGCCGCAACCCCAGAGUCGGCCACGACUGGACCUAAUGGUCAGGGGUCUCUUUACCUUUUUAUGACUCCCAGCAGCUGCAGCCAGAAAGUUCAUCAAGGAUGAUGGAGUCCAAAACAUUUGGAGUCGGGUGGUAGCAUCAGGUUCAGGAAGGCUGAUUUAGGGGGUAGGGAAAUUUGGGACUUUUCAAAAGACUGUAUGGGCUUGUGCCCAGUAUAGUUCUUAGUAAGCCUCACCUCAGAAAGCACAUGGUAGCGUUAGAAAAGGUUCAGAAAAAGGGCACUCAGAAUGAGGCUAGGCUGACAGAUGGCUCAGAUGAGUGGGGGAUUUGAACUCUGCUCUUCCCGGUCCAAGUUUGACACCUUCUCCUCACUACACGCUGCAACUUGGUCAUGAUUUUCUUGUGAUUCACUAUGCUGGGAAAAGCUUGAUUCAAUUUGUACCGUCAUGCCAUUCAUCUGUGCAAUAGCUCAGAAUAUGGCUCCUCUCCUGGUUUUGUGGAGGAGAAGAUAAGGAGCAACAGAUGUGUUCUUAAUUGGCAAUAUGGCUUUGCUCGCUCACAUCUAAAGCUGCUUUGGAAAGUACCUUGAGUCAUACAUGGCAUCUUGCACCAGCCAGUUUAAGUCUUGCUUUCUGAGCAUCUUUGGAGGCAAUUCCACACAGCAAAGUCAACCACAGGCUGGAACCUUGGCCAGGGAUGUGGAACAGGAGACCCCAAGUGCUGUUGGACUCCAGCUGCCAUCAGCUCCAACCAGCAUGGGCAAUGGUCAGGGAUGAUGGGAGUUGUAGGCUAGCAACAUCUGGAGGAUCACAAAUUCCCCAUCCUUGGGUGGAAGGUUCUUGGGAGCUGGGAUCACUCUCCAGAAAGAAGACUCCCUCCUAUGUCUCGGUAUGAGUGGUUGCUCUGGCUUUUAUUAAGAUGGAUUAAAACAGAGAUGGGGAACCUGUAGCCAUCCAGAUAUGGUUAAGCUCCCAACUCCCAUCUCUCCCAGCCAGCAUGGUUAAUUUGUCAGGGAUGAUGAACGGCCAGCAUCAUCUAGAGCAGCAGUUCUCAACCUGUGCAUCCCCAGAUGUUGUUGGACUACAACUCCCAUCAUCCCUGACCACUGGUCAUGCUGGCUAGGAAUGAUGGGAGUUGUAGUCCAACAACAUCUGGGGACCCAAAGGUUGAGAAACACUGAUCUAGAGCAAGGUUUCUCAAACUUGAGUCUCCAGCUGUUUUUGAACUACAACUCCCAUCAUCCCUAGCUAGCAGGACAAGUGGUCAGGGAUGAUGGGAACCAUAGUCCAAAAAAGAUAGCUGGAGACCCAAGUUUGGGAAACCCUGAUCUAGAGGGUCAGCGGUUCCUCAUGCCUGGUCUAGGCAACACAAAGUCAAGUCAAAAUAGAAUAAAGCACUCCAGAACCAAGCAUCGAAGACCAAAAGCUAAAGUCACUGAGUAGAGGUCAGGGAAGGUAACUGAGCUUCUCCAUGGCCUCAUAGUUCUAGGAGAUAUGGGUCUUUGUUGGAAGACACACCUGUUUCCAUGCCUGUCUUUUUUCAUAGCAUGUUGGUGAGGAGAGUUGGCGCUUAUAGGCUUGUCACAGCAAAGGUUGCUUUGAACGUCCCAGUGCUUGGCAAACAGCACAUGUAAAAUGGUAUCUCCUUAAUUGUAGUUGUUAUUCUGUCUGUCACAGCUACAAUAAACCUACCAUUAAAAUUACGGACAGGUCAUUUCUUCAUCAGAGGGCAAACGGGCAAAUUUAGCAGGGGAUCAAAUACUUUCCCCCCUCACUGUAUCUUUUGCACGGUUCUUUCAACAGUCGAAGAAGUGCAGAAGUUUUGGGAUGGGGAGAAAGUUGUGAUCGUGGCCCUGAAGGGAAGCGCCGUCUUACUCCCCUGUAUUAACCGGAACCAAAUCUGGACCGAGCGGCACGAUGAAGAGGACCAGCAGGUGGUCCACUGGGACUGGCAGCCACCAGGGGUGCCUCAUGACAAGGCCGAUCGCCUCAUUGACCUGUACGCCUCUGGAGAGGGGCGCUCUUAUGGUCCCUUGUUCAUCCGGCAAAAGAUGAAUAUCACUGACAAGGCUUUCGCCCAGGGAGACUUCUCCUUGAGGAUAUCCGGUUUGGAAGUGGCUGAUGAAGGCACCUAUUCCUGCCACCUCCACCAUCAUUACUGUGGCCUUCAUGAGCGCAGGAUCUUCCAGGUCUCUGUUGUGGAGCCGGAACCGGAAAAGAAGGUGGUGGUGGUGAACUUCACUCGUCACAAUGCGCCGGCUGCAGGUAGGUAGUUUCAACACGCACAUAGUCAAAAUUGGUCUUCCAUCAAAGGAGGCACUUUUUGCUGCAUCAAAGGAGGCAAUUUUGCUGCAGGAAAACAUUUGCCCCCUUGUGAAAGAUAAGGAACUUUGUUGUGAGAAGAAAAUGGCUGCUUCUUUAUCUUAUCUAUAGAAGAGGUUGAUGCCAACUAUGUAUUACUCAUAGAAGACCCAUUGCAAUGAAUGGACUGAAGUUGGUUAUGUGUAUUAAUUUCAGUGGGUCUACUCUAAGUAUGAUUAGCACUGGAUACAACCCAAGGAACUCGGUUGAGAGAAAUUGGCUGCCCCUUGAACAAAUUAUUUCUCCUCGUGAAAGAUAAGGGUCUUUGCUCUGAAGAAAAUGGCUGCUUCUUCAGCAAAAACAACAACAAAAAGCCCCCUUAAGAAAGGCAAGGAUCUUUCUUGUGAGAAAAUGGAUGUCACUCUCACAAUGAUUUCUCCACCACAUGAGUGUAAGAUACUUAUUUUUUUUGGGGGGGGGGAUGACCACCUCAUCAUAACAGUUUGCCCACUCAUAAGAACAAGGUAUCUGAGGUGACGCCUCCUCAUGUAGGCCUCAGUUCGGAAGGGAGGUGGUUCAAGCUCACCUUCCUACCCCAACUCCUGUCCCAAUAAGGAUAGGGAUUCCUUCUCAGAUGGCUUUUUCCACUCCACCUGUGUUGGUUCCUGCUCUGGUUUUAGGAGUCCUGGUGCGGUGGGCUGUCUCAGGUUCAGUGAGCUCUUGUUCACCACCAUCAAGCUCAGAGCCAGGAACAUGGUCCAGCUCCUCAGCCCACGGUGACCCUGUGCACUUCAGGGUCAUGACACCAUCGUGGAACUGCUGUUGUGGAGGAUUCAAGGGUGAAUCAGGCGUACAACAUCACUUACAUACCAGAAUCCUUUGCAACAGGGGUUCCAUGACAAACAGGUCAAUGUGGAAAAUGGUUGCCCAAAGCUCAAAAGAGCCACAUCCUUCUCAGUUUCACUCCAUUCCAUGUUUUCCAUCUCCAGAAUAAGUAGGUACCUUUCAAUCUUGUUCUCUUUUUAAAGCUAUCCCAAUCAAAACAGUGAGAAAUAUAUGUGGAGUUUUGAAAUCAUUUUUUAAAGAAAACCUGCAGGGUACAGCUCAAUGCUUAUUAACAUUUUAAAAUAUUUAUCAUGCUUUUAAUAUUUAUUGGCUGUUUAAUAUUGAAGCUGAAGAUGGCAUGAUAAUUUUUUAAUGGGCUGGUGAUGGUAGUUUAUGGAGCACCGCAGUGUGUUGGGUUCACGAGUGGUGGAAUGGGGGAAGAAAUCAGAUGCCAUAUGGGAGCAGCUGGCCUUAUGGGAAUAAGUCAGAAGGCACGAUUCAAAUUUGCACAUGCAAAGUUGAAAAAAAACAACAACCAAUCAUAGAGAAACUGAAUGAGAAGAAACCGUUCCCAUCCACCCCCCAAACAACGAGUGGAAUUUAUUUCGAUUACAACCAGAAAAUUGUCCCAAAUCCUGAGGGAAAUAUAUUUCUAAGCAGUGCAUAACAAAAACAGCUGAUUUUUGGGGGGGGGGUGUUUCCUGCCCCCUUCCACAUCUCAAACUCCUGGGUGGAGUUUUCCUUCUUUUCUUUUUCUGAGCAGGGAGAACUUGCUGAACCAAUGGGAACAGUAUUUAUUUUCCUUCUGUCUUUUCGCUUCGGAAAGGCAGCUGGAAGUUCUCACCGGCUUGUAAAGAUUACAAGAAGAGCUCUGCUGGAUCAGACCUUUGCACUCAGCUCUCCUCACACACCCACAUCCAAACCCAAACCCAAACACCCCACUAAUCCUAGCAAUAAACAGUUAGGAAUAACGCCCAUCCUCCCAUUACAUCCAGUCUCAGCAUCCUCUUCUGACAAUGGUCAACCGGAUGCCCCUGGGAAGCUAACAAGCAGGACCUGAGGCCAAGAGAACUCUCCCCUUUUGUGAUUCCUGCCAACUAGAACCUAGAGGUUUACUGCCUCUGACAGUGAGGGAAAGUAGAUAAUAAUAAUAAUAAUGGCUUCUAGCCAUGGGUAGCCUUCUCCUCCAUGAGUUUGUCUGAUCCCCUUUAUAAGGCGCUACCUUUCACUGGAUCAAAUUCUGGUGGUUUAACUAUUGCAUUGUGUGAAGAAGUACAGUCAUACCUCAUGUUAUGUUUGCUUCAUGAUACGUUUUCCAGGUUGCGUCCCGCGGCGACCUGGAAGUACCAGAAAGGGUUACUUCUGGGUUUCGCUGCUCACGCAUGCACACAAGUGCCAAAUUGCGCCACGCACCUGCGCAGAUACGGCACUUCAGGUUGCGGGCUUUUCAUGUUGCGAACGGCCUCCGGAACGUUCUCAACCAAAGGUAAAGGGACCCCUGACCAUUAGGUCCAGUCAUGGCCGACUCUGGGGUUGCGGCGCUCAUCUCGCUUUAUUGGCCGAGGGAGCUGGCAUACAGCUUCCGGGUCAUGUGGCCAGCAUGACUAAGCCGCUUCUGGCGAACCAGAGCAGCGCACGGAAACACCGUUUACCUUCCCACCGGAGCAGUACCUAUUUAUCUACUUGCACUUUGACGUGCUUUCGAAGUGCUAGGUUGGCAGGAGCAGGGACCGAACAACGGGAGCUCGUGGGGAUUCGAACCACUGACCUUCUGAUCAGCAAGCCCUAGGCUCAGUGGUUUAACCCACAGCACCACCCACUGUACUAAAAAAAACAACAGAGAAGGCUGCUAGCUUUGAUGGCCAUCCUCAGCUUCCACUGCCAAAGGCAGGCAAGCUUCUGCUGGAAACAACAGGAGGGGAGAGUGCUGUGGCGUUGGAGGUCCUGCUUGCUGGUUUCCCACAGGUGGCCACUGUGAGAGAAGGAUACUGGACUAGGUAGGCCAUUGGCCUGAUCCAGCAGGUCCUUCUUAUGUUCUUACUUUCUUCUGUAUGUUGUGAAUCUUCCGUCUUCACUGCAUGUUUGGUUUUCCCCAAUGCAGUGGUACCUCGGGUUACAUACGCUUCAGGUUACAGACUCCACUAACCCAGAAAUAGUGCUUCAGGUUAAGAACUUUGCUUCAGGAUGAGAACAGAAAUCGUGCUCCCGUGGCGCGGCAGCAGCAGGAGGCCCCAUUAGCUAAAGUGGUGCUUCAGGUUAAGAACAGUUUCAGGUUAAGUACGGACCUCCGGAACAAAUUAAGUACUUAACCCGAGGUACCACUGUACUGGGGGAAAGUGGCGGCGGUGGAGGAAGCCGCUCGGGCACCUGGGGUGGCGUGCCCAGGGGCAGGAUGAGACCCCCAUAGGGGAGAGGCACAUCGCAGGGCCUCCAGAGUCUGCCUGCCUCCUCCCACUCAGCCGCCCUACACCUGGGGAGGGGGCAGCUGGUGGACCGUUUGGGCAGUGCGGAGCCUGCGCACGCCCAAGCCACUGCGUCUCUCCCAGGAGAGACGUAUGGUUCGGGUGCGCUGCAGGCCCUGAGGUGAGUGCCACCUGGGAUUUUGUCACCCCCCUCCGUGGUGACACCCGGGACUGUCUGCACCCCCUGCACCCCCUUCCUCUGCCCCUGAAAAGCAGCACAGUGAGAAAUGGAUUUGUGUUUACUCAGCAGCGAGAGUUGCUGCAACUGCCUCUUGAACCCCUGCUGUGUGACCGUGUAAACUCCUACAGGGACAGAGCCUUAAAACACACAUGCACACGUAAGGAAAGAUAAAGAUAAAUCAUAGCCACGAAGCUUUUCCUUGGAUCCUCUUAAUCCUGGGCACAGCUCCAAAUCUGGAACAGUUCUCUAGACAGGAAAUGUUAUUCUGCUUACAAUAUCAACAUGGCCUAGUUCUAUUUUGGCUGAUCCUCGCCGUCAAAUCUGAAGUUAACUCUAUGGCUUUCAGUGGAAGGUGCUUCUCUCUCCCCCCCCCCCCCGCCCAGCACUUUUUCUUUUUAAAACUGCAACAGCAAUAAGCCAUCUGUUCCCUGUUUUUAUGGAUUGCUCAUAUUUUGUGAAAAGGGAAGGUUAGCGUGGCGUUAUCACCAUCAAUUAGAACAUCUUCAACAUAUGUUGCAGUGUCUUUGCUGGGCUUGAAGGCUGCCUUGUAGCUUAAGUUUCAGUGGGGAAAGAGUUGAAAUUUUGCCUAAUUUUGAGUUAGCCCUGUCUAGAGGAGGAGGCUUGCCAUAGCUACUUGCCACAAUGGCUCUGUAAAUUGUAUAUAAAUGUAACAACAACAACAACAACAACAACAACAAAUGCUUCAGCUGUCAGAGGCAGUAUGCCUCUGAAUACCAGUCGCUGGGAAUCGCAAUCGGGGAAAGUGCAGGCUUUCCAUAGACAUCUGGUUGGCCACCUUGAGAAUUGCCUGCAUUUUUACUCAUAACCAGUCCAGGGUGUGGCACUCCCCCUUAGUCUCAGAUGGGGACAAAACUCGCAUGAGUUGGCUAUGUCUCCACCUACUGUCGGUCUCCUUGCCUUCCACCCAGAGAAGAAGACUGAGAAUUCCGUCGGAAACAGAAAUGGGAGGGUUAAUUGCCACAAUCGGCAGGUUUGCCCCAAGGUCAGGAAUGGAAAUCACGCAAGCAUUAUUUUCUUCUUCGCAAAUGUGACAUAAACCGUUUUGUCACUUUCUGUGUUUUCCUCCCAUUGAAGUUAAUUAAGUAUUUAAUUUAAUGGGGUUGUAUCCAAUGCUAGUCCUACUCAUAGUGGAGCCAUUGAAAUCAAUGGGCAUAUCUGACUUUCGUUAAUUUCAGUGGGCCUGCUCCCAGUAAAAAUUCGUUGGACGCAACCCAGUACUUACUGCAUUAGUUCCGGCCAUAGUGGAUAGCCAAAUGAGCAACAUAGGUUUUAGUGGAACCAGAACUGAAGCAGAAAGGAGGAAAGGCAUGGCAGGGCAGAAAUCUCAGCCUCCUUGCAUGUCUACAGCCACUCCAUCAGUCCCAAUGGGCACUAGCACCACUGAUAGGGACUGCGGUUCAGACUUGUGUUGGGUGUGGGCAGUGAGACAUUCCACAAAGCAAAAAGAGCUCCUGCCCUAACCUCCUGCCCCUCAAGGUAAAUUAAACAAAACAAACCCAGACUGCCGCUAUCAGCCGCUCAUCUGGAUUUGUCUAACCCCUUUGAAUGGCUCCAAAUCUCUCUUUUAAACAUGAUCUGCCUGGUUAAUCUGUCCAGAGAGAUACAUUCCGCACUGGCGACUUUCUCUAAAGUUUCCCUUCUCCAGCUCAACAUACGCCCUGUAAAGGAAUGGAUUUCUGGCUUACUCCCUGCAUUGCUGUUCUUUUUUCAGUGUGCGCACGCAUGUGUGGUUUUAUUUUGUUUUAUCUAAACUCGCUCUCUUGGCCUGCCUCAACAUUCCUUCCCCUUGGUAAGGUUUACAGCACAUAAGGUUCCUCCUAACGAUCUGUUGAUUGAGCAUCCGUUCUGAUUUGCCUGCAGGAAGCUUACACAGAAGUUAGAUAGGCUGUGCCUGGUUUUUCUUUAGGAUUCAUUCUGAAUUGUUGGUGGAUCGGUUAUACAGCAAUGAGCACUCAUCCCGUUUUGCUUGCGGAUUGUUGGUCGUAGAAUUAGAAUUAGAGAAUCAUAAGAGCUGGAAGGGACCCUGUGGACCAUCUAGUCCAACCCCCUGCAAGCAGCUGUCCCAUACAGGGAUCGAACCUGCAACCUUGGCGUUAUCAGCACCACACUCUAACCAACUGAGCUAUCCAUUUUACCCAUAUGGAAAUGUGCAGAACUGGAGUUAAAAUUUGGGAAAAUGAGAAACUAGUUAAAAAACCCCAACAGCAAGUGAUUUGAUAAACUUCUGGCUCAGACAGUUGCUGCUGAUUAGAGCAGGGGUCAGCAAACUUUUUCAGCAGGGGGCUGGUCCACUGUCCCUCAGACCUUGUGGGGGGCCGGACUAUAUGGGGGGGGGAAUGAACAAAUUCCUAUGCCCCACAAAUAACCCAGAGAUGCAUAUUAAAUAAAAGGACACAUUCUACUCUUGUAAAAACAUGAUGAUUCCCGGUCUGUCCGGGGGCCAGAUUUAGAAGGCGAUUGGAGUGGAUCUGGCCCCUGGGCCUUAGUUUGCCUACCCAUGGAUUAGAGUAACCCAGAUGGACAAAUGGCGUAACUUGGUAUGAUGUGCGCUAUGUUAUUUUGUUUCAUAGAUGUUAGUAGUGGCAGCCAUUAAGAGUUGAGCCUACAGUCUAAUGGAAAACAUUUAUUUUCUCCCUUCCUUUCUUCUGUGAGGCUCAUUGAUUGAAGCUGACUUUUCAGAAGAGUUGAGACAGGCAAAAGGAUAUACUUCUCAGUGAUAGGGCACGUGAUUAAUGUAUGGAAUCUACUGCCGCAAAUGGAUUAGACAAAUGGAUGGAGGAGGGUCAGUCUAUCAAUGGCUAUUGGCCAUGAUAGCUAAGUGGCGUCUCCAUUUAGCAGUAUAUCCCUGAAUAUGCAGCCCAGGAAAGGGCUGUAGCUGAGGCCUGUAGAGCACCUGCCUUGCAUGCAGAAGGACUCAGGUUCAAUCUCCAGGUAAGGUGCUGAAAUAUUCCUGAAACCCUGGGAUACUGCUGCAUGUCAGUGUAGACAGCAUUAAGCUUUCUUUCUUUCUCCAAACCUUUAUUAGGCAUUGCAGAUAUAGACCAUCUUAAAACAUCCAUAUACAAUUUUCAAAAACGAUAUGCAAAGAAGCAGCCAUAUCAGAUAUAUAGAAACAGAAAUUUUACUUGGAGUGUCUUCCUGCUAAACUGUGCCAUUCAUCACUCUAAGAGAUACUAUUGACAGAAGCUCAGCCACUCUUGCAGUUACCUAUGGGUUAAUAUCAGACAGCUAGAAUCUGAUACUUUAAUUGUGCCAUGACAGCACUAAGCUAGAUGGACCAGUGAUCAGACUUGGGAUAAGACAGCAUCCUAUGAUCAUGUGCUGAAGGUCAACCAUUGGAAUGGUCUGUUGCCAACAUGCCCUGCCUAUGCGCUUCCCAGAGGCUGAGGCUAUGACUUCCUACAUGCAAAGCAUGUACUCUGUACCAUUGAGCCACAGUCUGGCUUGUUAUGAGCUGUUACCUAGUUUGUUAGUUUCUUCCCUCCUGCAAGAAUAACCAUUGACCCACCUCUUCUUCUCGGUUCCCCUCUCUGCCACCCAGAUCCAAAUGCCGGCCGUGGCCACAACGUGAUCAAUGUCAUCAUUCCUGAGAGCCGUGCUCAUUUCUUCCACCAGUUAGGGUACAUCCUGGCAACGCUACUGCUCUUUAUUCUGCUCCUGAUCCUUGUGGUACUCAUCACACGCAAGCGCCGGAGAAGAGGUGAGUUUCUGGGCAUCUGGGGCCCUACUGAUGUCCUAUUUAUUUUGUGUUCAUGGUGAUUUUGUGCUCGUGAUGGUGUUGGGGACAGUUAUAUGCAAUCCUGCUUUCAAUACUGUUUCAGGGGUGUCUGCUCUCUCCCAGGGUUCAGUUUCUUUGGAAUGAAGGUCACUGGAGACUGGAGUGACUUUAUGGUUUUAUUUACACAUAUUUUCAACCUGAGCCUAGGAUGGAGGGACUCACAAUGUUAACACACCCAUAGAUCUUUCUUCCUCAUUAGAUUCCCAGGGCGAUCCCCAAGCCACAGAUUUGGGUCUAGCCCAGAGCGAGACAAGCCUCUGUCUCUCCAGCUUCCUGCAUCAGCUGAAGUCACACACGCACAGCCCCGCUUGGCCUUCUGCUCUCCAUCCUAGGAAGGUCCACCCAUUUGUGGGUUUUGAGCUGAGGUUUGAAGGAGUUCUGAGUAGAGGAGUGCGUUUAUUUUGUAAUGAAUGAAAUCCAUUCCUUGCAUCCAUUAUAGCACAGGUUGCAACAGGUAUGAACGGGGUUUCCCAAAAGAAAGUACCGUAUUUUUUGCUCUAUAAGACGCACUUUUUCCCUCCUAAAAAGUAAGGGGAAAUGUGUGUGCGUCUUAUGGAGUGAAUGCAGGCUGCGGAACUAUCCCAGAAGCCAGAACAGCAAGAGGGAUUGCUGCUUUCACUGUGCAGCGAUCCCUCUUGCUGUUCUGGCUUCUGAGAUUCAGAAUAUUUCUUUUCUUGUUUUCCUCCUCCAAAAACUAGGUGCGUCUUGUGGUUUGGUGCGUCUUAUAGAGCGAAAAAUACAGUACCAUGUCUGAUUCAGGCACGUAUGCGCACCCCAUAAUAUCUUGUCAGUUCAGAAUGGAUGGCUGCUAAAGUGGGAACUGGUUCGAUCAACAAGCAUCAUGAAAAUGAGAUGUGAAUUGGUUUGUGACUGCUUAUUCAUGCCUGCAAAAAAUGGUUCCCUGAUGUCAAAGCCCUUGAGUGACUUUUCUUUCUCUUUUCUAGGUUUUGAGUGCAACGUGAGAAAAUUUGAUGAGUGAGUAGAAACUGGUUCCUUGCACCAAAGGGACUUGUUGUCCAUCAAUAAGUAGAACAUUGAAAUUACGAAUGCAUGAGGAUUUCAUUUGUUAAAAAAAUCCAGUAUGAAUUGUUCUGAUAUGCCGUUCCUGGACUAAUGUCUCACUUGGGUUGCAGUUAACCAUCAGAUGUUGCACUUCUCCAAUUUAUCAUCUAAAUAGCAUAUAUUUGUUUACUUAUGGGGAUCAGGCAAACAUCCUGACAAAGUGUGUUGCAUUUUAAAGCAGCCUCAGUUUAUAUUAGCUAGUAGCCAUCAAUGUUCAUUUAAGCAAACAUCUUUUUCUAGCCUCUGUGCUCAUUGAAAUAACACCCUGAGUGAUUAAAAGUUCAAAAGUGUCAAGCAGAGUCCAUUGCCAUCCAUUGCACGGAUGUGAUGAUGUAUAAUCUAGUGCUAGAAAUGCAAAAUCAGAACCCUCCUCUUUUGCUUUGCCAGGAAAGAAGUGAAUCUCAGCGAGUUCCCAGUCCACACACCAGAUGUAUCCAACUACAAAAGUGAAGAUAUUAAGCUGGGUAAGUGUUGGAGGUUGUUUUGGAGUGGUAAGCAUGCCCUUUACACAUUCUAGAGCUGAACUCUGAAAACUAGUACAGUGGUACCUCGGGUUACAUACGCUUCAGGUUACAGACUCCGCUAGCCCAGAAAUAGUACCUCGGGUUAGGAACUUUGCUUCAGGAUGAGAACAGAAAUUGUGCUCCGGCGGUGUGGCAGCAGCGGGAGGCCACAUUAGCUAAAGUGGUGCUUCAGGUUAAGAACAGUUUCAGGUUAAGAAUGGACCUCUGGAAUGAAUUAAGUUCUUAACCCGAGGUACCACCGUAUUGCUUUGGAGCCAGCAUGCCAGAACAAUGGGGAGAAGAGGCAACAUAGCUUGAACUGGUGUUUAAUUAGCUGUUGAAUUGCACAAAAUUUCUUUUAAAAAAUACAGAAAGAACAUUACAGUGGUACCUUGGUUCUCGAACGGCUUGGUUCCUGAGCAAAUUGGCUCCUGAACACCGCAAACCCAGAAGUAACCCGGUUUGCAAAUGUUUUUCAGAAGCCGAACAUCCAACGUGGCUUCUGCUUGAGUGCAGGAAGCUCCUGCAGCCAAUCAGAAGCCGUGCCUUGGUUUUCGAACAGUUUCGGGAGUUGAAUGGAUUAAGUUAGAGAAUCAAGGAACCACUGUAAAACAAAUUAUGCAAAUUAUGAAGCUGGGUUAACAAUACCCGGCCAUGACUUCUCUUAUUCAUUAUUUGUUUAUUUUAAAAAUGUACAGUAUAUCCUGCUUUUCACCAUGCACUGUAGGUCUCAAAGCGGUUAACAGCAAUAAAAAAAUAAACAUAAAAAAUUUAAAACAUUAACCUCAGAAAUUUAAAGAAAGAACAACAGAACAUUCAUGAUGCAAAGUUCUCCUGAAGUAAAAUGGUUUUAACUGGAUGUGUGAAACUCAGCAAAGAUUCUGGCUGACUUCUGGUGGGAGGGAUCGCCACAUAGCCCACUGCACUGAAACUGAAAGCACAACUUUUUGUUGACACAGAGUUGUGCUUCUGGUUCAUGAGGAAGCACCAGUAGUGCUCCCCCGGAUGAUCUGCUUGGGACAUACAGGGGAAGAUGAGCCUAAGUUACUCAGGACUUUAUACACUGGUACCAGAAUAUUAAACCUUGUACUAGUAGCAGAUGGGAAUCCUCUGCAGUUCUUUCAAGACGGGUGACAUGUGUUAGCAAUAGGCUGUUCUUGUCACAAGUCUCCGUGUUGCAAAAUGUGACUCAGCAAUAGCGAAAGCAACACGGUGGCCAGAAACAAUUACAGUAUAGAAAACUUUAUGGAAUAAUGCAAAACAUCAAAAUUACCAAACUGAAGUCUCCGAAAGUCCUUGAAUAAGUCACGUCAAGCUUGUAAAGCUUUGUAUAAUCGGCAAUUGUCCAAUUCUGAUGUCCAACAUUGAACUCUGCUGAACAGUGUUUCCGGAUAGUGACUACUGUUUCGUUCAGUUCUUCAUCAGCCAAUUAGUUCAACAAACACUCGUGAGCAGAAAGAUGUGUAAUAAACGUAUGAGCACUGUUCCAGAGUAUUUUUCAUUCUCAUGUAUAUUACAUCAAAUCGAAAAAAGAUUGGUUAAUGAAGAAAUUACACAUCUUUCUGCUCAUGAGUGUUUGUUGUCGUGUUGCUUUCGAUAUUGCUUGUCACAAGUCUAGCUGCAGCAUUCUGUACUAGCUGAAGCUUCCAGACUAGCCCCAAGGACCAGCCCCACAUAUAUUAUGUUUCUUUCUUUGAAAAGUUCACAAAUGGUCUGGCCUCUUUAAAAAAGGUAAAGGACCCCUGACAGUUAAGUCCAGUCGCAGACAACUCUGGGGUUGUGGCACUCAUCUUGCUUUACAGGUCGAGGGAGACAGUUUGUCCGCAGUUUUUCCGGGUCAUGUGGCCAGCAUGACUAAGCUGCUUCUGGCGCAACAGAACACCGAAACCAGAGCAGUGCACAGAAAUGCCGUUUACCUUCCCGUCUGAGUGGUACCUAUUUAUCUCCUUGCACUUUUUGGCGUGCUUUCAAACUGCUAGGUUGGCAGGAGCUGAGACUGAGCAACGGGAGCUCACUCUGUUGCGGGGAUUCGAACCGCCGACCUUCUGAUCAGCAAGCCCAGGAAGCUCCGUGGUUUAGACCACAGCACCACCCGCGUCUUUAGCCCCCCCCCCAGUAACCAAUCUGCACACUGUCUUUGGAACUUUGAUGGGUGUUCUGGGGCUUUUGCCUCCACCAGCUUCUGUUCAGUGCUGCUCAUUGAACUGAGAUCUUUUCCUGCUACAGAUUACAAGAACAAUAUCCUGAAGGAGAAGGCAGAACAUAACAGGGUCCUCCCACCUAAGAACAUUGACUUAGAUAAAGGUAAGAGAAGGAGGUGAAGUUGGGGCAAUUUGUGUUUCCCUUCCCGAAGUUCCCCAGUGCAUGAUGGGAGAGGGUGUGUCACCCUCUGGUGUUAGCAAAGCCAGCCACAGAUGGAGAAAAGGAGUUUCCAUAGCUUUGACCCUCUCAUCAAGCCCACCACAGCUUGCUUACAAGGGGGUUAUUAUGAGCUCUGUGAUUGAUUUUUGGUUGCUGGUGAUGAGUCACUGUUUCCCUUUGGGAGAAAUGCCGGCAUGCUGGCUUCUGAUGUGCUAGCAGAAUCUUCUUGACACUUUCUUCCACAUUUGAGAAUUCUCCCUGCCGUUUACCGUGCACUCACUGGGUAUUUAAUCCGCAUUCACACGACAUUGUCCAAAAUCCAUGUGUUUCUGCCUUUUGCUAUAAACUGCUACUUUUUAAUGCGCUGUUUCUCAAGCCAGCUGGCACUCUCAUUUCACUGUGGAAUGGUGAGAUAAAUAGAGCCGUUGAAACAAUUGCUCCUGAGUGUCCUUAUGGUUGCAGUGAGGCAAGCAGGUUGCCUUGGCCUUCCAGUGACCUGCAUGCUAUGAAACAGGAGGGUCAGUGGCUAGAGCGCAGGUGGUGUAAGUCGCGAUCUGAACCUGGGUGAGGCUGCGCCAUCGUGCCUACCGCAUGGUGGCAGCGGCAUUGAAGAAAGCUUACUCCUCUGCUACCAUUGCAUCUGCAAGUAGCCCUCUGGCAGCGCUUUUCUGGGUGGUGAAUGGGCUUUUGUUUUCUGGCCAAGAGAGCAUUGCUCUGACAUCCUCAGAGGCAAGGCACUUUAGGGAUCAAAUCACUCAGAUUUGGUUGCCACAGUUAGAGCAUAGUCUGCUCCAUCUAUACUGGGUCAGUUUAGUUUCUUGUAGCCUGAGGAUGCAGACAAAUUACUUGGAGAAGUAUGGCCAACCACCUGCCUCCUUGACCCGUAGUCAUGUUGGCUGCGUAGAACUAGCCAUAGCGAGUGUUAGGAGUAAGCAGUACUCCAUCAACAUGCCAUGCCAUUUCCAGUCUAACCCAAUGCUUUUAAUUGCUGUGGUUGCUUCAAUUUGGUUUUGGAAUCAUUCUGCUUGCUUUUCUAUUGAGAGUGAUUUAUUGCAUGCUCUAGUUAUCUCCCGCUUGGACUACUGCAAUGCGCUCUACGUGGGGCUACCUUUGAAGGUGACCCAGAAACUGCAACUAAUCCAGAAUGCAGCAGCUAGACUGGUGACUGGGAGUGGCCGCUGGGACCACAUAACACCGGUCCUGAGAGAUCUGCAUUGGCUCCCAGUACGUUUCCGAGCACAAUUCAAAGUGUUGGUGCUGAACUUUAAAACCCUAAACGGCCUCGGUCCUGUAUACCUGAAGGAGCAUCUCCACCCGCAUCGUUUAGCCCAGACAUUGAGAUCCAGCGCCGAGGGCCUUCUGGCAGUUCCCUCCCUGCGAGAAGUGAGGUUACAGGGAACCAGGCAGAGGGCUUUCUUGGUGGUGGCGCCUGCCCUGUGGAACGCCUUCCCAUCAGAUGUCAAGGAAAUAAGCAACUAUCUUGUUUUUAAAAGACAUCUGAAGGCAGCCCUGUUUAGGGAAGUUUUUAAUAUUUAAUGCUGAAUUGUUUUUAAUACUCAAUUGGGAGCUGCCCCCGUUUAUAUUUGUUAUUUCUUUUUUUAAUUAUUGGAAGCUCUAUGGUCCUUUGGAUGCUAUUUUUUUCGGGAGGGGGCAUAUGUUCAAAUUUGGAUACAUGCAACUGUGGCUCAGUGGAAUCCUGGCAUGAAAUCCCCCUGAUCCUCCAUCUCCUCUUUUUGAUUUCAGAAUUCAGGAAAGAAUACUGUAAAUGA